AUGCUUCUCUAUAAAGAAGCUGGAAUUGUACCAGAAUAUGAAGAACAACAAUGGAAUUUAUCAAUUGACACACUAGGUAAUAAAAUUUUAUCAUUCGAUGAAGAAAAUCCAAAUAAAAAAAUAUUACUUGAACAACUUAAUCAAGCUAUUCAUCAAUUGACACUUCAAUUCUUAUUACCUUCAGAACAAACAAUUUAUUUAGUUUGGUAA